UGAAGACUUUGAUGAUUGGACCAAAGAUUGUUAAUUUGAUGCCUGAGGAGCUAUGAGUGUAUUUUGCUUGACUUCACAGAAAUUCUUCAUCCUAUGAUUAUUGUAUUAAUACAGACAGGAGAAAUAAGAAAGGUGCUACUCAGUCUGAUUGCCAGAAAGAUGCAGAGAAGCAACAUAACUGUGUUGAUGGACUUCUAUGUGACUGAACUGUCUGAUCUCCCUGAAGUACAGACUGUCCUCUUUGUGGUGAUUCUGCUGAUCUACUUGACCACCCUGGCAGGGAAUGGGGCUAUUCUCAUGGCAAUAGGAACAGAUGCUCACCUCCAAACUCCAAUGUACUUCUUUCUGAGCAAUUUAUCACUGAUGGACAUCCUUUGUCCAACGGUCAUUGUACCAAAGAUGCUCCAGAUAUUCUUAUCAAAGGACAAGAAAAUAUCAUUUGUGGGCUGCGUGAUGCAACUAUUCUUCCUCAUUGAUAUGGUGGGCACUGAAAUCUUCUUGCUUGCAGUGAUGGCUUAUGACCGCUAUGUGGCAAUAUGUAGCCCUUUACAUUAUGCUAAUGUAAUGAAUAAACAGCGGUGUAUUCAACUGAUUGCUGUGAUUUGGCUAUUGGGCUUAAUUAAUUCUAUGAUUCAUACCUCACUGACUUUUAGAUUGUCUUUUUGUGGCUCUAAAAAACUCAACCAAUAUUUUUGUGAUCUUCAACCUGUGACGGCUCUCUCUUGCUCUUCUACUUACCUUGCUGAAGUUGCUCAUCUACUAGUGGCUGGUAUUAUAGGUAGUGGGGCUUUCCUGGUCACUCUGAUCUCUUACAUCUACAUAAUUUCUACCAUCUUGCACAUGCCUUCCACUGAGGGGAGGCACAAAGCCUUCUCUACCUGUGGUUCUCAUUUGACUGUUGUAUGUCUUUUCUAUGGGGCCACCAUUGCCACCUAUGCUCGUCCCACUUCUUCUUAUUCAGGCAAACAGGGCAGAAUAAUUUCCAUGCUGUAUGGGGUAAUCACUCCCAUGCUGAACCCUAUGAUCUACAGUCUGAGAAAUAAGGAAGUUAAGAAAGCUUUGAGAAAAGCCUUUAAUCUGAAAAGAUUUUCAUAAACAUCUCCUAAAACAACAAAGCCUGCAGCUGGAUAGUGGGAAGGGCAAGAAGCUUAGAUGGGACACUCCUUAAUUUCUUGGACUGUUAAAGAAAUGGAGUGGGAGGGGGAGAAAUGUACUUUCAGAGUUGCAAGAUUUUGUCAAUAUACUUAGAAUUAAUUCAUCCAGUUGUGAUAGUUUGCCCCACGAGCUGACAAUAUUUCUAUUUUGGUAUCUGUAAGGAAAGAACCAAUCUGGUGUAUCAAUUAGGGCAUCAGGCUAGAAAGUGGGAAACUGUGAAUUCUAGUCCUGCCUAAUGUACAAAUCCAGCUAGGUGGCCUUGGGUUAGUUACUUUCUCUCAGCUCUAGGAAGGAGGCUAACCAGUUCUGAAAAAUGUUGCCAAGAAAAUUGCAGGGACUUGUCCAGGCAAUCAAGAAUCAGACAUGAUUGUGAAGGUAAAAAAAAAAAUCUGUAAAGAGGAGACUGAAGUUUUUUGUUUUUCUUUUAGAACUAUCCAUGCCUGAGAUGUUAGAAUGUAUGAAAUUUUGAUGUGACUUUACUUACAAUGCAAUGUUGCAAUGUCCAACUCUGUUAUCCGAACUGACAUUCUCAUUUGUAGGUGAGGUUCCAUUUGCCAUCUAUUGAAAAGGAGGGAAUUUUAAUCUGUGAUAAAUGUGCUGGUUUUUUCACUCAAAAUAAAUGAUUGUUGUACAUUU